CUCACCGGCUAUCACCCUAAUUAUAGCAAUCCUUAACGAACGUUAUUGUUACCGUUCGGAUUCUGUUCCUUUGUUCGACCAGGUUAGGACAAUAAUCGAAGGAUAUGCGCCUCCUGUUUCGAUAUGAUAUGAGAUUCCUCGUAUUUCCUUCCUGCUACUCAUGACUGCCAAAUUCUUCAAUUUUAUGCGCCGCAAGAUAGAGGCCCAGCCCACAGCGUUGACUGCCGACGGUGAUUUCUCUGAUGUCGACUACCCCCGUGGCCCCAUUUCUCCCGUUGACAUGCGCUCUGUCCAUGUCGCCAGCGAGGCGGACAGUAAUGAUGCUCUGGAUCACUGGGAACCCGAACUUGCACAAGAAUCGAAUCGUAAUUUCCUAGAGCCAGUCGUGUUUACAUCCACCUCUAUGAGGAUACCGCCAUUUCUAAUGGAGACAGACCGAUUGCCAACGGAGACCGCUCCAUCGCCUCCGAGUUCUCAUCCUUUGCCGACGUCAGACCAAGGCCAGGCCGCGCUCAAACCGCCACCAUUAGAGUCAAGGCCGCUUUCGAUUCGCGAUCGGGUCCCCGUCUCGUCUAAGCGACAACUCCAUUCCCAAGAAUGCAUACCACCAGUAACGUUCAAUGACAGACGUUACACGUUCAAAUACGAACUCGGUUCAGGACUGUACUCUCGCGUACUAUAUGCCAACAGAACGAAAUCCCACGGAGAUCCAAAACCCGUAGCGGUCAAGGUCUUCCAUAAGAGCAGGCUCUCAUCCGAUGGACAAACAGUGCAUAAACUAAAAUCGGAACGCGUUGUCGAUGAAAGAAACAUCCUGGAACAAAUCACUCGCGAGCGUCUACCUUUCCUGGGGAAAAUAUCUGCAUCUUUUCAAGAUGAAAAUUUUGUUUAUCUGGUCAUGCCAUUAUGUAUGGAAUCACUUCAAAACAGGCUGAAUGAUUUGUGUAAAAGAGACCUCCCAAUGCAACGGGAUCAGCUUCUACUAUAUGCCGCGGAGCUCCUGAUUGCAUUAGAGGGGCUGCAUGGCCUAGGGUACUACCAUUUGGACAUAAAACCUGCGAACAUCAUGAUAUCCGGGACGGGUCAUAUACAGUUAGUCGACUUUGGCAUUAGCAUGCCUGCCAGCAACGCUCUUGGCCAUAUCUACUACGACGAAAUCGUAGGCACCCAGGACUGGAUGGCUCCUGAAAUUAUGACGACGCGGCCGUUCUCCGGGUCUGCUGCCGAUAUAUGGUGUUAUGGUCUCGUAUUAUUCUCUAUGUUCCAGUGCCCUCACAACAUCAUCUUCCAUAACGACCCACGUCAUCGGAUAGACAUAUGCCAGAAAAUAACACCGGCUGCAAGAGAUCUAGUCUUCUCACGUCUUCUUGUACAAACACCCAAAGACCGAUACAGUCUUCAGCAAAUAAAAACCCAUAAAUUUUUUGAGGACGUAGAUUUCACGCUCAUCAAAGAGAAGAGAAUAUACCCACUAUACCGACCAAGGAAAGUGAGAAGGAGGGUCAACAGGCCUUUUGUACCAGUCCCAAACUUAACGAUGUCGGUCGAUCCACCGCUACUAGCAGCUGGUAUACCUUAUGCUGAUAGAUAAUAAUUGUACA